UUUUUUUAUAUCAAGAUGGAUAGAAAGCCAAAAACUUUUCUUUUCCAAAAGUCUCUAUUAUUGUACAAUUUUAAGGUUGGUAACCGUACUAUUCAAAAUUCCGUCGGACUUGUGAUCUGUGGUCGGAACUUACCUGUCGAGGAUUCUGAGAAUCAAGAAUUUCCAAAGUAUGUCUGUAGUAUUGUGCUUUCAUAUAUAGUUGUGAAGAAAUUCGUUGUGAUUUUGCAUCUGUUUGGUAGAUUUUUUUUGUGACGAUGUUUAUCGUUCAUCAUUUCUGUAUUUUAACAAUACUUUGCACGGUUCCAAUAUUGAAUUCCACAGCAGUAGUAGAUGUUCUCUUCCCCGAAUCCGACGAAGACGAACCUGGUCUCAUCCUACCCAAUAUAGACGGUACUCCGCCAUGUGCAAAAGGAUCCACCUUCUGCGAGAACUUUGAUCCGUAUCCAAGUGAAAAAGUAAAAGAAAUAUUGGAGAAGCAUAAGGUGAACAAAGAAUUCUUCGGAGUGGACGAACUUCAAGAUGAAUUUGGGGCCAGGGACGACCCCGAUGAUAAAUUUGUUUGUCCUUCGGUAAAAUCUACGAUAUAUCCGAAAGUUGCGAUUAACAGAAAAUACAAAUGGAAAUACAUUGUGAAUCAGAAAGAGCAAGGAUACGCACAGGGUGUUCAAGUGGAAAUCUGUCGCAAGAAAAAUGAACCAUGUGACAUGGUUGGCGCUCCAAAUGGCUUCAUCACCACUUGCAAACAAAAAUAUAUAAACAGGCAUUUGCUGUCAUUGAAUUCCUACGGUGUUCUUGAACAAGACACGUUUCAAUUGCCAUCUUCUUGCGAUUGCUCCUACAAGGUAGAUUAUCGACAGUGGGGUAACUUCACCGCCUGAGGCCUGUGAAUAAUUCAUUGGAUGGGGCUCCAAGAAAAAUUGUCACAUUGUUAUUUGAUUUUAAUAAAUUACUGGGAUAGUUACCCGACAGAAAUAUUGUGUCCAUUUUAGUUGAAUAGUUUAAUGUUACUUUUGUGUUAACCAGAUAUAUAUUAAUAAAAUUCUUUUCUGCGA